AGAGAUGUUGAUAGGGUCUGGGUGCUUAUUUGGGAGAGACGAGGCAUGUUCCCAUGUCCUGUAAUUCACCCAUCCAAUCCAGGCAGUUCGCAUUUGUUUCCCUGUAGGAGGCAGUUGUGAUUUUUGGGGUGUCUAUGCAGAACAGAAUCCUUAGCCUGUGGAGCCAGGUAGUCUGAGGUUAAAGCCAUUUACCACAAGGCUAAAAUUCCCCGCUGGAAAUUCCCAGCUGACCAGCAGGGUCAAGAGCCUAUUAUCUGGGCUGGUGCUUACUGUCAGGGGGCGGUUCCUAUUUAAGACUUUAAAGAGGUGCGUGAGGAUGGGACUUCUAGGCAGAAAGAGAUCCGCCCCAGGCAGAGUCCAUCCAGCUGGCUGGUGGGAAAGAAACAGCUGCCUGCAGAUCCCUGUCACAGAGAAGAGAUUAGCUGGAGUGAAAACAUUUCCCUGUAGCCACAGCAAUGGAGCCAACUCUUCUCCUCCUGCUCCUCAGCCUGGGCUGGACUUGCAGCGGCCAGCUGACGGUGCUGCCCCAGGAGCCGCUCGUCCAGAUUGGAGGAUCCAUUCAGUUGAACUGCUCCUUGGACUGUCCGGAUGGGAAGCCCCAGUGGAAGGGGCUGGACACCAACCUAGGGAACAUCAUCUCCACCCCCACCUAUAGCCUCCUGCUCGUCACCAAUGCUGCCGUAGCCAUGGAGGGCAUGAAGUUCUGCAUGGGGAACUGCCAAGGGAAGUCCCACCAGGGGUCGACCAACCUGCAGGUGUACUCUCUUCCAGACACCUUGCAGCUGGAAACCCAGCCAAGGGAGCUGGUGGCUGGUCAGCCAGCCCAUCUCCACUGCUCUAUUAGCAAGGUGUACCCACCCGGCUCCUUGACUCUGAGCUGGUAUCGGGGGGACCAGAGACUGGAGAGCCCAGACCCUGAAGAAGCGGCUGAUGACGAGGAGCUGUUCAGUUAUGACUCUGAGCUGGAGGUCCCAGGGGAGAAGGUGACGGAGGGCAUGGAGUUCAGGUGUGAGGUGGAGCUGCUGCUGCCCUCAGACAGGAGUUUCCACCGGGCCACAGCAGUGGCUGUGAGCACAAAAGCUGUAGCAGAGCAGCCCACAACUGAGUCAGUGGCUGGCCAAGAGAAUCCCAGAACUGAGUCUCCGGCUACUACAGAGAACCCCCCUGCUAUUGACUGCAGCCCCACAACUGGGCUUGGGGCUACUACAGAGAGCCCCACCACAGAGCUGACUUCUGCAGAGAGCCCCACCACAGAGUUCAUUGUCACAUCUCACAAGUCCAGUGCCAAAGCCACCUCUGUUCCCUGGCUGGUGACCACAGAGACCCUCGCCACCGAGUCCAGGGCUGCCUCACAGCAUCCCAGUGCAGGCACAGCCACAACAGACUGGAGUCCCAGCAGCGGCUUGAGUUCUGCUAUAGAGAACCCCACCACAGGGGAUGUGGCUAGCACAGAGAACCCCACCACAGGGGAUGUGGCUAGCACAGAGAACUCUCUCACCAAGAAAGCUACUAGUGCCCAGAGCCCCAGAACAGUGUCUGUCUGCAACCUGCAGAUCAGGCCUGUCCCUUCUAAAGGGACCACAGGGGAAGCCCUGAAGAUCAUAUGCGAGGCAGAGUGCGGUGAGGAUAUUACCAUCAGGUGGCUGAAAACCCCUGUGGAACUCUCUCAGUAUCAGGAGGAGGCGUCCAAGAGCAAAUCCAUCCUGACGGUUGACCAUGUAGAUCUCAACCACCAAGGGAUCUAUGAGUGCGUCAUGCUGAGUAGGAGACUCCAGGUGGCAAGCCUCCACAUCGCUGUGUCUGCUGCUACCUUCAGCACCGACUCCGCCAUCGCGAUCGGGACGGCAAGCUCCCUCCUGGGCCUGAUCGUCACAGCGUUUGUGUCUCAUCACCUGUGGAGACGACUCCACCCACCGGGCAUGAGGAGCCCUAAGGGGAACAGUGUUUAAGUGCUUCUGGCCCCGUCGGGACUCGUUUUGAACAUUCAUCCUCUUUCCACGGAUGAGCUUGCCCGUUGUUAUGGAAAGCUUGGUAUUAGAGCCAGCCGGGCCCCUUGGACUGCACCUGGCCAGAGACGGGAGUGGAGGAGCUGCCUGAUGCUUGGGCUGCUGCUGGGAGAGCUGGGUAAAUGGUCAAGCUGGAAACUGCCCAGCAGAGCUGAGCAGACCUUUGGGGUGACCAGUCUCUUUCCUUUCCUCCACUUCACUCCUUGGCAUCAUGGUUUCCGCUGGUUUCAAGUGCAAUGGGAGCAUUUUGCUCCAAAGUCCAGGCAAGUGCUGAGACUUGGCUCCUACAGACACACCUGUGGGACUCAGGCAAGAGCUUCCCCAAGGAGAUGAACAGGUCACAGGUGCCAGGGUACAGCAGUUUCUAAAACAGACCAAUGGAUUUUCCCUUCACAGUAUAUUGAAAACUCUCUCCUUGCUUGAGGCUUCUGGUUGAGGAGACGCCAGUAAUAUUUCCUGUCGGAUUGGUUUGAAAUCCCUGAUCCUUUCUGGAUUUGCCACAUUUGUUUUCGCAGUGGCUUCUUAUUUCAAAACUCUCUAGGGUCAGUUGUUCCUGUUUUUGUUCCCAAGUAUGUUGGGUAUUUCCAGUGGGGUGGGGAAGAGAAGAUGGGGUGGUGGUGGGGAAUUCCAGGUGCAUUGAAGAUUGGCUAGGGAGGGACAAGGUGAGACUAUGCUCAGCCAUAGCCCCUUGGAACUGAGUGGAGACUUUAAGCAAAUGCACCACAGUGACGAACUAUCAGUGAGAUGCUCUGUACUGCUCAU